GUGGGACUGAGGGUACGGAAAUAAUAUGCACUAUACGAAACUGCGGCAAGCUGUUGUGCAGUGGACUAACUGGAAUAAAAAGGUAUUGAAAACAUUUUCCCAAGAAGCAUGAACAGUCAAAUGGUUGAGCCAUCAAAGGAGAGAACAUUUCAGUACCAGAAUUCUCUCCCUCCGUUGCCAGUACCAUCUCUUGAAGAAUCUUUACAGAAGUAUUUGGAUGCAGUAAAACCUUUCUGCACAGAAGAUGAGUUCCAGAAAACUUCCAAGAUAGUGAAUGACUUUGGUAAAGGAAUUGGAAAAGAACUGCAUCAAAAGCUUCUAAAAAGAGCCAAAACUAGAAGAAAUUGGCUAGAAGAAUGGUGGCUGAACAGUGCAUACCUUGAAGUCCGCAUCCCUUCACAGCUAAAUGUCAAUUUUGGUGGUCCAGGGCCCUACCUUGAACACUAUUGGCCACCACAAGAUGGAACACAGCUGGACAGAGCCUGUAUUUCAGUGUGGUACACUCUGCUGUUCUGGCAACUCCUGAGAACAGAACAGUGGGAAGUGAGCAAAGCAGGCACCAUGCCUUUAGACAUGAAUCAGUUCCAAAUGUUGUACUGCACUUGCAAAAUACCUGGCGUCACAAAGGAUUCUAUUGUCAACUACUUCAAAACAGAGAGUGAAGGAGAUUGCCCUUCCCAUUUAGUAGUGAUGUGCCGAGGACGUAUUUUUACCUUUGAUACUAUGCAUGAGGGACAUCUGCUCAGCCCCCCAGAACUUCGCAGGCAACUUGCAUACAUCCGACAGAGGUGUGACAGUGGGCCCCGUGGAGUAGGAGUUCCUGCCCUGACUACAGAGGAGCGCACUCGAUGGGCAAAGACCCGUGAAUACCUCAUUGAACUUGACCCAAAGAACCUCUCCAUUCUGGAGACUAUUCAAAGUGCCUUAUUUAUUCUUUCUCUGGAUGAUGAGAGUCCAUAUGCCACACCGGAAAAUUAUUCUCAGAUUAUUUCAGCCUGCCUAACCGGUGAUCCAACGAUCCGCUGGGGGGACAAAUCAUACAAUAUGCUUAGUUUUGCGAAUGGUACUUUUGGAUCAAACUGUGAUCAUUCACCAUAUGAUGCUAUGGUUCUUGUAACCAUGUGCCACUACAUAGAUCAAAAUAUAGUAGCAACUGAAGGGAGAUGGAAGGGCUCAGAAGUUAUUCGAAAUAUCGACCAACCAGAAGAGCUUAUCUUCACAGUGGAUCAGAAAGUCCUUUUUGAUAUUGACUUAGCCAAAAAGCAAUAUACUGAGCAGGGUCAAGACCUGCAGAUAGCAUCCUAUGCUUUUACUGAUUUUGGCAAAGCUGCAGUUAAACAGAGGAAGUUUCACCCUGACACGUUUUUCCAGCUGGCAUUACAACUUGCUUAUUACCGGUACCAUGGACAUCCUGGCUGUUGCUAUGAGACUGCAACCACUCGCCGUUUUUACCACGGCCGCACAGAGACAAUGAGACCAUGUACUGUGGAAUCGGUAACCUGGUGCAAAUCGAUGUUAAAUCCAAAUAUCAGUACAGAAAAGAAGAGAAAGCUGUUACUUGUUGCAGCUGAAAAGCACAACAAAUUAAUGAACGAGUGCCAGAAUGGCAGAGGUUUUGAUCGGCAUCUCCUUGGUUUGCUACUAAUUGCAAAAGAAGACGGGCUUCCAACUCCUGACCUAUACAGUGACACAGCCUUUACAAAAAGUGGUGGUGGUGGCAACUUUGUUCUUUCAACCAGCUUGGUGGGCUACACUAGAGUCCUCGGAUCUACGGUUCCCAUGGUUCAUCAUGGAUAUGGAUGCUUUUACCAGAUUAGAGAUGACAGGAUUUUGGCUGCCUGUAUCGCCUGGAAGUCGUGUCCCGAAACUGAUGCCGAGGUGCUCUUCGCAAACUUGCGCACAUCAAUGAAGGAGAUGCUACUGCUACUGACUGUCUCUCAACUGUAGGCAGAGUUAUUUCUAAAUGAGACAGUGCACAGAUCAAUGCAAAAUGAUACAAAAGCCGUAACAAUGCAGAUUCUUAAUAAUGUAGAUUGUUCAAAGAUAAAAUUGUUUGUUAAAGGUUUAUAUUUCAAAGUCAUUUUCCUGCUAAUUAUUGUAUAUACAGGGCAAGACGAAUUUUAGUUAUGAAUGAAAUUUUUUUUUUUAUUUCAGAAAUUCUUGUUCUGUAUUUGUAUUCUGUGGCGCUUCUUUUAUUUCAGCGUUAGUUUAGAAGAUCAUGCUGUGCUGUUUAGGAAAACGAUGAGUAAUUGAAAAGACAGGGAAGUGAGCUUAUAAGCGGUUGAUGUGGCUUCUCGAUUUGGUGUGAAUUUGCUCGCUGAUUCUUUUGUUAGAUUUAUGCUCAAUGUAUGCUUUGUAUGUUUUACUGAGGGGAGGAAGCACUACCUGUAAACCUCUUGAGUUGUGUUGCAUUCAUGUUACAUAAUUUAGAUAUUAAAUUGUAGUUUUUCAUUUCAUAUCCUUAAAUAGUUCAUAAAGAAUUUUUGCUGAUUUCUUUAGCUCUGCUGCACAUGAUAGCAGUGAGUGUUGUUAAUUAUGUGAAUUUUUAAAUUUUUUUUUAAUUUUACGGGAACAAAACACUUUCAGCUUAACUGUGUUUUUAAAGCACUUUUUUCUUUAAAAACGGUUGCCCUUUAAUUUAUCGAUCAUUCGUUUAUAGAUAUACCACAUUGCACUUAAAAAUAAGAACAUUUAAGCUUUAGUAACUGCUGAAUUUGUAGCAGUGUGCUUCAUUUUCAAACGUGGAUCAAAUAAAGACUCCACGAUUGUUAAAUUUGCAAAGAGCGUUAGCUUUUAGCCUGUUUAUUUAGCUCUUUAUGCACUUAUUAGUGAUUUGGACUUAGCAAAAUUUGCAGAGACUUCUAUGGAAUAUACACCUCGGAUCCUUUGAACCAAAGGUAUGACACGUGGACUGUGCAGCCUGAAAGACAUGCGUUAAUACUUCAGAUCUUUUUGAAACAAAAAAAAUUGGAGUAAUGAAUUAGACCGCAGGGGGUGCUUGUGCGCAAACAUCCAUCCAUUUCCUAAACCUGAUUAUCCAGAGCGAGGCAAGGACUGUUCUUGUAAGCGUUGGCGCAAAGCAGGAAUGAUCGCUGGACGUGGCACCAGCCCAUCACAGGGUGAACACACACUCACAUCAGGGGACAGUUUUAUGUCGCUUUUGCACCUCACCAGCAUUUCUUUGGACUGUGGGAGGAAACUGGAUCACCUGGUGGAAACGCAUGCCAUUCAGACCCUGGCAGGAAAACAUGCAAACGUCAUACAGGGAGCUGGCAGGAAGUGAAUCCUGGUCGCCUUGUUGCAGGACCGCAACACUACCCCUGUGUGCCACCCUGUGCGCAAACACCUUAACACAGAUAGUGAUGAGACGGUCAAAGAAAUUUAGUAAAAAGAGUUUAUUAACAAGAUAAAGACACAAGGAAGGGAAAUGUAAAAUUGAGAGUUAAAGCAAUAUAACCGAAAAACCCUGCUGCUCCACUGGGCCUGUCUGAUAUACCUUUGGUCUCUCUGAUGGCUUGCGUUGUGCACUUACCCACUUUGAAGCGCAGCAUAAACCUCCUCAGUUUUGCCAUUUUAUACCUUUUUAUCACUUUUGGUCUCUCGUUUUUACCACCAGCUGACUUGAAGCCCCCUUGUCUGCAGGUCAGAAGGUGCUUACUUUUAAACCCUGGCCAGGACCCUGCACUCUUAGUGUAUCAAAUUAAAAUUUAAAAAAAAGAUGUACUUCUGGGUUUCUCUUGGAGAUGCCUUUGAGCGUCAAGGCCAGCCUGUGGAACUCUUGAGGGUGUCCAUCUAGAACGCCCCUAAGGUAAAGGAAUAGGGAGCUCUCACGUCACCCAGCUGAAAAUUCUGUGUUGCCACGUAUUACUUAAACUUCACAAAUCUUUGAUAUACACACACACACACAUAUAACACACAUAUAUAUAUAUACCGUAUUUACUUGUGUACCACGCACCCUAGUGUAAGACGCAUACCCUAAUUUUUACAAAAAAAAAAAGUUUUGCCCUGUGUACGGCACGAGCAAGUGAGCGAGCGAGAGAGAGAGAGCGCGAGUGGGCAAGCAAG